AUGAAGACCGCCGACUUUCCCGAGCGAGCAGCCCCGAACGAAGAAUUCGAUGGCCAAGACUCCCCGCACACCACCAGCGGAAGAAAAGCGAAGCGAAGGAAGGUAGCUGAAGACGAACGAAAACGUGCUGUUAGGGCAUGUGAUGGCUGUCGCAUCAAGUCCGAGCCAACACCGCAAGAUGGAGGCACUUCAAUCUUGUCCCCAAGUCCGGCAUAUCAGCCAGCCGAACUAAAGGAUCGAGCUCGACUUCUGGAGAGGAUACUACGACACAAGCUUCCCGGGUUAGAUCUGGAUACAGCCAACUUGCGGCGAGUCGCGGACACAUUAGUCGACACCUCAAGCAAUAAGUCUACGACCUCUGAAGCCGAAGGCGAGGGGCCGGUCCUAGCCGAUGAUGAUGUUGAGAUUCGACCUGUUGAGGGCAAUGUGACUCACUACUCUGGCGAAUUCUCAUACUGGAAUUUCUCGCAACGGAUCAAACGACAUGUGGAAGACUGGAUGGGCAGUGGCAAUCCAGACGCGCCGAACUCUGAACGAGUGUCGGAAUUCUGGCGUGCGGAGCCACUAUUGUCAAGCUCACACAGUCUUUCUGCUGCACUGGCUUGCUGUCCUCCCCGAGACAUCGCAGAAUUUCUCGUUCAUGUAUUCUUCCGCCAUGCCGAGUCAAACUACUUCUACGUCGAUAGGGCUUGGCUGUUGGAUAUCCUGAAUGUGUUCUACACCACACCAAAUAAACUUGUUCCACAGGACGCAGGUAAGGUCAGCAUCGCACUUGCGAUUUUCGCCAUCGGUACCCAAUACGCGUAUCUGGAAUCACUGAAUCCAUCUGGCGCAUCGACUCUAGGAGGAAUGAGUUUCUCCGAAGAUGAGGUUGGCACAAUGUUUUUCGAACAAGCAGCAAAACUUCUACCUGAAGUCAUUCAGAUUUCAUCACUGGAAAGUGUACAGGCCUGCCUUCUCCUUGGACUUUAUUGCCUUCCUCUUGAUGCUUCUGGGCUCGCUUAUACCUACUUUAACUUAGCGAUGAAAAUAGCGAUUGUCAAUGGCAUGCAUCGUAAGUACCUAGGGAGAGCUGUUGAUGAGAUCACGAUCGAAACAAAGAAUCGCGUCUGGUGGACUCUGUAUGUUGUGGAGAAGAAGAUCGGGAUAUUCCAUGGACGACCAACAUCCGUCCUUCGAUCCGAUGUGGAUGCCGAUCUGCCCACAGACCGAGUUGAUAUGAUUCACGUUAGCUCAACCUCCAAUAUUCCUCACAUGGUGGCAUCCGUUCACCUGUUGCAUAAGCUCGAAGACUUUUUCAAGGAAAUGCAACUCCUCAGGAAAUGCCAGAAGAGCGAGCUGCAAAGCAUUCUCUCUCGCCUGAUCACUAUGAAAGACUCUCUAGCAAAGUGGUAUGAGAACCUACCACAUGCAGUCCACAGUCAAGCAGGCUCCAUACGGUCGACGAGCUCGCGUCCAAGGAUGCAUCUUAAACUGGAGUACUGUCUAGUACGUAUGUUUGUUGGACGACCUUUUCUAUUCAGUCGCCACGCUGCCGGAAGUACCCCCAACUCAACUUCGAGAAAGGACAGCAACGCAACUACCGCUACUGGUGUUGUUGAGACCGAUAAGAAGUCAUCACGCAGAGCAAGCCUCAUUGACGACUGUGUUCAAGCAGCACAGGAGGCCAUUUCAGUAUGUCGAAUGUUACGAGACGGGAUUGGUCUAGCAAGAGCUUCAUAUAUUGAGUACAGUUCUUGCCGGGCCUCGCUUUUGGUACUCAUUGCCUAUUGUAUUUACAACCAAACCAACCGAUUUAGAGAGCCACUGCAGACAGGACUGUCCAUGAUACGAGAGAUGUCUGCGAGUGGAGCAUCGGCAAGAGCCGAAGUCUCUCUCAUUGAGGCUCUGGAACGAGCACAGGCAAGAUUGCAAUUCUUCACCACGACGUCAAAAUCUCCGGACACUGCUUCACCCGACGUUUCGGGAGCUGUCUCCGGGUAUGACAGAUUCAAGAACUGGCAGGCCAUGCUCAAGGGAGGUGGUGCCGCCGCCGCCACCAAUGCACCAAGCCACAGGAUGCAGAACACAAGCAUGCCAGUCUCGGUGAAGGAGACCGAUAUAAACCCGAGCUUUCGACAGCACCAUAUGCCGCACCACUGGUCGAUCGACAGUGGCAGCGAAAAUGGCGGGGGUAUCCCGAAUUUCGCCAUCCCGAAUUCUGAUACAGAUCUAAAUGGAGGCCUUGGACCCCUUCAUUCAGCCGCUGAAUCUGCUUUCUUCGGGUUGGACAGCAUGAUGAUGUCUUCGAACGAGACGGUCCAUCAUCCUGAACGACAAGUGUUGCAGGAUUUCCUCGCGAUACCUGAUUUCGAAUUCAACCUUGGAUUUGAUCAUGGAACCAAUGGUGGAAUGGGACGGAUGGGAGCACGAGGCUUUGACGAUGGAGCUGGGUUCGCACAGGGCUCUGGUGGGAAUCUUGGUCAUCAUUGGUAG